AUGGCCUCGACGACGAACACCGUGAUGCGCGCCGCCAGGCCGCUGUUCCGCCAGCAGGCCCCCUUCUUCACCCGCAAUGCCGCCCUCCGCCAGCGCAUCUCCGCCCCUCGCUUCGGCCAGGGCAGGAGGUGGCAGAGCACCGCCGAGGCCGCGCAGGAGCAGCAGAGCUGGUUCAAGAAGAUGUGGGAGAGCGAGAUUGGCUUCAAGACUGUCCACUUUUGGUAUGGCUCCUAUCAUGAAGGUUCGUCGCUGAUGCGCUUCGCAAUACUCACACGGAUAAGACGUAGCGUGGCUGACUUUGGGACUGUGUUACAGUGGGCUAUUGUCAUCGCUGGUAUCGCCGACUUCGCCCGUCCCGCCGAGAAGCUCUCCUUCACCCAGAACUUCGCCCUGACCUGCACCGGUCUCAUCUGGACCCGCUGGUGCUUGAUCAUCAAGCCCCGAAACGUCCUCCUCGCUACCGUCAACUUCUUCCUCGCCAUUGUCGGUAUCGUCCAGGUCACCCGUAUCGCCCUCCACAACUCCUCCACCAAGGACGGCGCUGCCGCCGUGGCUGAGGAGGCCAAGUCGGAAGUCAAGAAGGGUGUCGAGGCUGCCAAGGACGCCGUCAAGGCUUAG